GUGUUAUGAGAGACUAAAAAAUACGUAAACUGUGUGAUUAUAUAUGAGAUAGUUUUUAUAUACAAAUAAAAAUAUUUUAAAAUUAUUUAUAUUUUGUAUAUAAAGACGUUUAUUAAUAUUAUUAUUAUUGUAUUGAUAGUAACAAAUAAAUUAGCAGUAAGUUAAUAAUAAUAAAUAAAAAUGGGUGUGCCGAAGUUUGCAAGAUAUAUUUGUGAAAGAUAUCCAUGUAUUAUUGAAUUACUAAAUGAAUAUCAGAUUCCAGAGUUUGAUAAUCUCUAUCUGGACAUGAAUGGUAUCAUCCAUUGCUGUUCACAUCCGAAUGAUGCUGAUGCACAUUUUCGCAUCACUGAGGAAACGAUAUUUAAAAAUAUAUUUCAUUAUGUUGAAAUAUUGUUUCGAACUAUAAAACCACAAAAAUUAUUUUUUAUGGCCGUCGAUGGAGUUGCGCCACGUGCUAAAAUAAACCAACAACGGGGCAGACGUUUUCGCGCUGCUAAAGAAGCUGAGCUUGUUGAAGCCCGUGCACGAGCUAAGGGAGAAAAAAUACCUGAGGAGUCACGUUUUGAUUCGAAUUGUAUAACUCCUGGUACAUUAUUUAUGGCCAAAUUAACGCAGCAGUUGAAAUAUUUUGUUACUUAUAAAAUAUCAACUGACAAAUUGUGGCAAAAAUGUAAAAUUAUUCUUAGUGGCCCUGAGGUUCCCGGUGAAGGUGAACACAAAAUAAUGGAUUACAUAAGAUACAUGAAGUCACAACCUGAUUAUAGUCCGAAUACGCGUCACUGUCUGUAUGGAUUGGACGCAGAUUUAAUAAUGCUAAGUCUGUGUACUCAUGAGCCACAUUUUGCAGUAUUACGCGAAGAAGUUAAGUACGGAAAAAAUGUACAGAAAUGUAUUAUACCUGAAAAAACAAAAUUUUGCCUACUCCAUAUCUCACUGCUCCGCGAGUACAUGGAGCACGAGUUUGAAUCCCUGAAAGACAAACUUAAAUUUCCAUUUGAUCUUGAAAAAAUAAUUGACGACUGGAUUCUAAUGGGUUUUUUAGUCGGCAACGACUUCAUUCCCCACCUGCCUAAUUUGCAUAUAGCGAAUGGAGCAUUACCAGUUUUGUGCCAAGCGUACAAAGAAAUUUUACCAUCCCUAGAUGGCUACAUAAACGAAGCCGGUAAAUUGAACUUGGAGCGCUUCGAAAAAUUUAUGGAGCAACUCGCGCACAUCGACGUCGACCACUUUGCCGAGACGCUCGCGGAUCUCAAGUACUUUGAAGGGAAAACCGGCAGACGCCCGAAUGAAAACGAAAGGACGAGUUACCGCAAGUCUAAAGACUCGCCCGAGCAGUUGGACUCGCCCGCAAAGACACCGAUGAACAAAGACUUGAGUGCGUUGAUACAAGCUACUGAUGAAAUAUUGCUAGGACAUUCAGACGAAGAAGAAUUAAUUGAUACAGAUUCGGACAAUGAGAUGUACAAUCUUGAAUUUUUACAACACAAGCGUGACUACUAUAUGAACAAAUUUGACUAUGAGUCUGUUGAUGCUGACAUCAUGCGGUCACAAGCAGAGGCCUAUGUAACAGCAAUCCAGUGGAACUUGCACUACUACUACGACGGUUGUUGCAGCUGGUCCUGGUAUUACCCCCACCAUUAUGCUCCGUACAUUUCUGAUAUAAAAGGAUUCAAAGAUUUUAAAUUAAAUUUCGAUUUGGGAAAACCAUUUCUACCCUUCCAGCAAUUAUUGGCCGUGCUACCAGCCGCUAGUAGGGGACUGUUGCCUGAAGCUUAUCAGGGUUUAUUGACAGAAGAGGAGUCACCAAUAAUAGAGUACUAUCCACUGGAAUUCCGUACUGAUUUGAAUGAAAAGAAGCAAGAGUGGGAGGCUAUCGUACUGAUCCCAUUCAUAAACGAAAAGAAACUUAUCGAAGCUAUGAGUCGGUACAACCAUUUACUGACACCCGAAGAAGCAAAGCGCAAUCGGCAUGGCCCAAUGAGUAUUAUUACUUAUACUGAGGAAAACUUGGGCUCGGUUAGAGCUCCCGAUUACUUUCCCAGUAUCGAGAGUCACGCGUUGAUAGAAACAAUGGACCCUAAAGAAAUUAUCGUGCCAAAUGAUAAGUUAGUCAAAGGACUGUGUCCAGAUGUUAAGUUACAUGUCUAUUUCUCAGGAUUCCCUACAAUGCAGCACAUCCAGCAUACGGUUAAUCUAGAAAAGGCUAAAGUUAAAGUAUUUGAGCAGCUCUCGCGAGGUGAGAAUAUGAUUAUAACCGUUUCCCCGAAAGAAGCGCCGGCAAUUGAAAAAAUAUCCAGUGAAUUACUGGGUAAGACAAUUUACAUAAAAUGGCCACAUUUAGUAGAAGCUCUAGUCAUCGGAGUAUCAACCAUUGACAGCAAGUUUACUCUGAUAAACAUAAACCGACCUUACGGCAUGGACAAUUUAAACCGCGAGUUUUUCAAGGAUUCUUCAAAGAGCCAGUGGAAUUCGGAGGCUAAAAGUGUUGCGCUGGCUUAUAAAUCCCGAUUUGGAAUAGACAUUGGCAAGACGACAAUGAUUAUACACGCGUGUCCUAUCUCCGGACGUAGAUACAUACUAUCUAAUCAAGGGAGACUUUCAUUAGAAAAAGAAUGGUCUAACUAUCCGUUUUGUUACGCUUAUCAGACAACCGUACGUGAUAUUGAAGUAGAACAGGAAGGUUUCAUUACUCAUAAAAAUAUCAGUGAUAUCUACGUACCCAAGAGCAUCUGUUUUAUGCUUGGACACCCGCACUAUGGGGCUAUGGGGGAAGUUAUUCCGCCGGGUAUAAAUCCGAAAACAGGACGCGUCAAAGUUGCGAUGAAGUUUUCACCCGAACCAGAGUUCAAAGAGCUCAAGGAGGAGCAGAAUCAAUUGCGUAUGCAGUACAUGCACGGCAGCAUUGCUGCCCAGAGACUGGGUAUCAGUAGUCAUUUAUUGAGCCGUAUUACUGGAUCUAUUUUUGUGUUGCCUGAACGGACUGCCGAUCACUCGUCGUCAGAACGCAAACAGCAGAAUAUCGGACUGAACUUGAAGUUCAACAAGAAGAACGAGGAAUUGCCGGGAUAUACGAAAAAAGUUGAUGGCCAGUGGCUCUAUAGCUCCAAGUCUAUUGGAUUAAUACGCAGCUACAUGGAAAAAUAUCCACUGCUGUUUGUAUAUCUGGCCGGCAAUGCUAGCAAUGACAUGUACAAUGAAGACGAGGUGUUUGCUAACAGCGACGAGCUUACGGACGUUGUCAAGUGGUUGAAGGAACAGCCAUUCCGCAAUGUUGACGCCAGGAACUGCGAUGAAGAAGGUCUCGAUCCGGAGAUUGUCACUAAACUACAGCAACAAAUUGAUAAAUACGUCGAGGAAGAAGGAAAUGUUUCAAAGACUGUGUUGAUGCAGGUUAAGCCCCAUUUGCUCUUUAAACCGGAAUUGAGUGCCGGUAAUAUCCCGCCGGACCCUUCGGCUCGAACCCAAAUCUUCGACAGAAUAAUUGCUGUGAAAAAUGACUCCUCUGUACCUCUCGGUUACAAGGGAACGGUUGUUGGUAUCCAAGGAACCGAUGAAGCUGAAAAAACUUAUGAUGUUUUAUUUGACAAACCUUUUAUUGGUAACAUUUCAUUUUCUGGAGGAGCAACUUGUCGCCGUUAUAAAUUACUGACCGCUGAAUUUAUAAAUAUUAGCCAUGGCAUACGCGCAGAGCAGGAUAUCACGGGUGUGGGCAUGAUACCUGAGAAAAUAAAUCGUAAAAAACAACAGCAACCGAGAUCUGAAGCCUCUGGUACCAGUAACAGUAACAACAAUGCUAAGUCUAGUGCAUUUGCAUCCUUUAAUAAGUUUGAUAAUUUCUUGCCGUUGUUCUGUAAGAAUCAGUCACAAUCUCAAGCGCCGCAACAGCAGAUACGAGUGAUGAAGAAAAAUGAGCCAUUGAACUUGUCUAAUUCAUCUGCAAAUAAUAAUAAUAAAAAUACUAGUAGCAGUAAUAAUAUUAAAGCCAAUCAACCUCCGGCUCCAAAUCAAAACCCGACUACACAAAAGCCUACACUGCCUCCUACCAGCAGUCAAUCUUCAUCGACUCCGGCUACUCCACAGGCUAAUAAUGUCAAUGAACUGGCCACUGAGUUUCAAAUGCUGUGGAAUGAGUUACAGAAACCAACGCUAAGUGGAUCUAAUGUAAUGAAGCCAAUGAACUUCUCGAUGGUGCGGCCACCAGCACCAGUGGUUAAUUCGCAGCCUCAAGACCCGAGUGCUUUUCUCAAAGCAGUAUUGAAAAUAUCUGACGACAAGCCAAACAACGUCAACCUACCGUCUUCUGCACCGGCCGCAGUGAAUACAAACGUAAAACCCUUUGUAUUUCCACCAACGCCACCAGUACCACCAUCAGCUCCACCUCUGGUCCAACAAAUGUUCGAUCAUGCAAGACAAACCAAUAAUCGGAAAGAAAGUGUAUCCUACUGCACACUUCUACUGAAUCAUUGCCAGAUGAUGAGAAUCGGGCAGCCUCAUUAUUCUUAUUCAAGUGAGAAAAAUCUUGUAAGAGCUCAAGUUGUUAUGUCAGACCUGCGAAGUUAUUACGGAGACUUGUGCUCAGAUGCUAAGCUGGCUGCUGAAAAUGUGUCAAUGAAAGUGUACAAAGAAUUGACUAUGGACAAAGUAAUGAAACCUCAACACUUCUUUGAUAUGCGGCCACCAAACGCUUGGACAACUCAUCCACCGAAUAUGCAGCACAAUAUGCCGCCGCCUAUGCAGUCCCCGAUGAUGCCCAGUAUGAAUAUACCGAAUAUCCAGCCGCCUCAAAAUAUUAAUCUGCAGUCAAUGAUGUCACCUCGUUCAUUCCCGGACCCGAGGAAGCCACACAUAAGACCACCGACAAGUUGGAACCCAAUGUCACCCCAAGGUCCGGCCCCCUUUACCCAGAUGCCACCGAUGCCGCCAAUGCCAUCGAUGCAUUUAAAUCCACAAGUGCGUCCGAUGCAUCAAGCUGCCCAGGGACCGGGUAUUCAAAGUCAUCCUCGACCUGGGCCUCCCAUGUCUGGACCUACCGGGCCACCAGCAUCCGCGGAAAAUAAACCAGAGGUGAUAAAACAGAGCACUCCGUUUGUCCCACUGCAGGCGCAAAAGAAAAACAAACAACGCAAGCCGAAGGAUACUGCAGAGGACAACAAAGACAAAGACUUGGCAUCCAAGACUGCCAAGACGAAAACAAUAACUAAUUCUCCAAAGCCUGUUAAAACUGAUGUCAAGCCUGUCAACAAGUCUACUAAUGAGCAAGUGGGAGUGGUCAAAGACAAUCCUCAAGCACAAAAAGUACACAAAGCUCCGCGACAAAGGAAGUCGCGUAUUGCUGCUAAUUUCGGACCAGGAACCACAGCAGCUAAUGGAAAUAAUGCACAAUAAUUUAUUGCAGAAUCACGUUGAUCAAUACGAUUAACAAUUAUUCAAUUAUACACUUAUUAAAUGAGUGGUAUUUUUUUUUU